AUGGCCGCAGCUCAGGCGCUCAACAACCUUGCACGCGCGGCGGUCGGCAUUGGCGCCGGCGUGAGUCUCUUCCAGGCCUCGGUGUACGACGUCGACGGCGGUUUCCGCGCCGUGAUGUUCGACCGGCUUCGCGGCAAAACUGUCUACGGCGAGGGGACGCACUUCCGGAUCCCGUGGCUGCAGACGCCGCACACGUUUGACAUCCGGAUGCAGCCGCGCAACAUUGCCUCGACGACGGGGACCAAAGACCUGCAGGUGGUGACCAUCAACCUGCGCGUGCUCUCGCGGCCGCAGGUCGAGCACCUGCCCGACAUCUUCUCCUCGCUCGGCAUCGACUACGACGAGCGCGUUCUCAAGGCGGUGGUGGCGCAGUACAACGCGGAGCAGCUCAUCACGCAGCGGAGCGAGGUGUCGAAAACGGUGCGGACCACGCUCACCAAGCGGGCCGCCGACUUCCACAUCGACCUCGACGACGUCGCCAUCACCGACCUCAAGUUCGGAAAGGACUUUACCGCGGCGAUCGAGUCCAAGCAGGUGGCCGAGCAGGACGCGGAGCGGGCUAAGUUCAUGGUGCUCAAGGCGGAGCAGGAGAAGCAGGCGCAGCUCCUCAGGGCGGAGGGCCUGUCCGAGGCGGCUGGCCUCGUCUCGCAGGCGCUGGAGGACUCGCCCGCCCUCGUCGAGCUGCGCCGCAUCGAGGCGGCCAAGGACAUCGCCGAGACUCUCGCCCGCUCGCGCAACGUCACCUACCUGCCGUGCGGCGGCGCGGGCGGCGGGCAGAACCUGCUGCUCAACGUGGGCGCUGGUGGGCAGUGA